CUGUAAGCAAGAUUCUCAUUCUCAUUCCCAUUUUUCCUUUCUGAUUCUUGAUUUUUUAUGAGUCUUUAAUCCCUCUACUUUCAGACAUCUGUUUUGACUCAGAUUAUUUAAUCAGACAUUUGAUUCAUGUUCAUCGUUUCUUCAAUCUGUUUGAAUGAAAGUUGAAGCUCUUCUUACAGCCAUGGAUUCUCUGUUCUCCAGGUUCUUUUUUACUCUGUUCUUGAAUCUUGGUGUCUGGGAAUCUUCAUCAGAUUCAAAGGGUUUUUCUUGGUUAACAAUGGCGGAACUAGCAAAGUUAGGGUUUCAAGUUUCAAGACAGUAACUUUCUCCAUUUUUGAAUCUUGAAAGUUAGCUUAAUGGGUGUUUGGUGUUUACCCUUUAUGAUACAGAUUUCAGAUUGGAAAAUAAGAACUGGAUUUGGUUGUCUUUUUUCUAUUUAAAUUCUUCAAUUGGUUCUUCCCGUUUUGAAGCAAUGACAUCAGUGCCUGAAAAGGGUGUGUUUAUUUCUCGAUCUCUUGCAUGUUUAUUUGCAGUCUCAGUAUUGUUCUUAAUCCUUUCUUCAUUAAUCCUAUUUCAAUUUGGUGACAAUUCUUUAGUACCCAGAUCAAUUUACAGUCUGAUUCUUGCUAAAAACAUCAAACUAGAUGAAACUGGUUUGCCAAUUGAGCCUAAAUCUCCCCCUUUUGUGCCCAAAUCUUGUAAAGAAUCGUGUUUUAAAUCGGAUCCGAUUGAACCAGCGACUUCUUGUGAUCGAAAUCGAGCUCUGCUCAAAGUGUUUAUGUAUGAUUUACCCCCUGAGUUUCACUUUGGAUUAUUAGGAUGGAAAGGGGAUCGAAAUCGAGUAUGGCCUAAUGUUAGUAAUUCCAGUGAAAUCCCUUCAUACCCAGGUGGAUUAAACUUGCAACAUAGUAUAGAGUAUUGGCUCACUCUUGAUCUUCUAUCUUCGAUUGCUCCAAAUGUGGCUAGACCUUGUACUGCGAUUCUUGUUCGGAACUCGACUCAAGCGGAUGUCGUUUUCGUGCCGUUUUUCUCGUCUUUGAGUUACAACCGGCAUUCCAAGAUUCAUGGGACCGAAAAGAAAAGUGUGGACAAGGUUUUGCAAGAGAGAUUGGUGGAAUAUUUGAAGGGUAGGGAUGAAUGGAGAAGAUCAGGAGGGAGAGAUCAUUUGAUCAUGGCUCACCAUCCGAAUAGUAUGCUUUUAGCUAGAAAACACUUAGGUUCAGCCAUCUUGGUGCUUGCCGAUUUCGGAAGGUACCCUGUUCAGAUUGCAAAUAUUGAUAAAGACAUCGUUGCACCUUACAAGCAUGUCGUUAGACGUCUUGAUGCUAACCAUUCGCCUUCUUUCGAUGACCGGCCCGUGUUGGUGUAUUUCCAAGGAGCAAUUUACAGGAAAGAUGGUGGAAUGAUUCGUCAAAAACUCUACUACCUACUGAAAGACGAAAAAGACGUGCACUUCAUGUUCGGCAGCGCAUCCUCAUAUGGGGUCCGCAAGGCGUCUCGAGGGAUGGCUUCCUCCAAAUUCUGCCUCAAUAUAGCAGGAGACACCCCUUCAUCAAACCGUUUGUUCGAUGCCAUUGCUAGUCAUUGUGUCCCUGUUAUAAUCAGUGACGAUAUCGAGCUGCCAUUUGAAGACGUUCUUGAUUACUCCAAGUUCGCCAUUUUUGUUCGUGGAUCAGAUGCUGCUAAAAAGGGGUAUCUUGUUAAACGUCUUAGAGGAGUUCGAAAAGAAAAGUGGAGCGAAAUGUGGGAAAGAUUGAAGCAAAUUGCACCACAUUUCGAGUACCAGUAUCCAUCGCGCGAUGGUGAUGCUGUCGAUAUGAUUUGGCAGGCCGUUUUUCGGAAGGUGUCUUCUGUAAAUGAUAAGAUUCACAGGAGAAAUAGGUACCAGAUGUCACAGAAGUUCUUAAACUGGUAUAAAAGAGUAUGAGGUUUGAAAUGUUGAAGAUUAGGGAUGUAUAUGAUAGAAUGGUCCCUUUUUCAGGAGUAAUGAUGUUUACAACUUAUAAAUUAUACAUUCAAGAUUGUACC